AUGUCCACCCUCGGCAUGGCCGACCUCGGAAUAGCCAACGGUACCGACAUGAUUCGCAACGCAGGCAUGAUUGUCUCGCUAGAUCCCGAUAUUCCACUAAUAGCUGAUGUCGGUAUGUCGAUCCACCUGGUAGUAGCAAUGCUGUAGCUCGAUGAGACUGAUUCUCCACAGACACGGGCUAUGACGGCACCCUCGAUGUAGCCAUCACAGUCCACCAAUACGCCCGCGCAGGCGUCGCAGGCCUACACAACGAAGACCAAGGGGUUGUCAAACGCUGCGGCCAUCUCGCUGGCAAAACAACCAUCUCCCACGAAGAAUACGCCAAACCGUAG